AUGCCAGGCUGCGCGCCCGACGAAGAACUGCUGUCGAUUAUGUCGAAACGUUGCCGAAGAAAGUUAAUUAAAGAGGAUGAUGAAGAAAAACCGGGUGGUGAAUCUGAGUCAAAAUCGCUGAUGAUAUUUCAAAAACAGAGCCCACCAAGUUGUAAUACCCCGCAAAAUGAAGAUUCUAGUGAUGAAGAGAUUUUUUCAAUAAAACGUUUUAAGAUAUCUGACACUGUUGAAAUAGAAAAAAAUAAAAAUUCUAUUGAAUAUAGAGCACCACAAGAUGUAAAUUUAAGUAAAGAAAUUCAACCGACUGAUAUUCGAAAACCAAAACAUAUUAUGAAUAAACAUGCAACCUCAAUCAUUAUUACAAAUACAGGAAAAUUACAUAACAAAGCAAAAACGGGACUUAGAUAUUCCAAAAAUAACGAUGUAAGGAACCGUGUUGAAGCCAUAGAACAAAAAGAAACAAUUUAUUUGAGUCCAAGUACCGGAAAAACCUGUCAAGUUUUACAAAAUGUUACCUUUCCCUCUUCUAGUGCCCCAACCACCCCAAGACAUCAGAUUAAAAAACAAAACAAAAGUUCGUCAUCUCUAUGUUCACCUUCAUUAGACUUCCGUCAUAUAGUUUCUGAGAGCAGAGCUAGUUCUUUAUCAGAAAUUUCACGCUCCAAUUUACUAGACUGCGAUUUAUCUCUUAAUGAGGAAAAUUUAAAGGAACUACUUAAAACACCGGAACAAAAGAGAUCAAGUAAAAAAUAUAUGUCUGAAUUUGCAGUUUCAGACGACUCUAAUUUGUCCACAUGUGCAGAAAAACGAGAAAUAGAGGUUUCUGUGAUUGUUGAAAAUGUUUCGAAGGAUGUUGAUCGAAAACAACAAAACAGGUGUAAUAAAUUGUCAACUAUACUUAAAUUGCCUGGUUCAAUAGACUAUGAUAGUAUUGAAAAUUUGAAUAGCGAUGACGAGAUAACUGAAGACAGAACUCGUGAUAAUUUACAGGAUAUUUCAAAAUCACCUGAUGCCAAUAAUUAUAAUAAUAUCGAAGAUGUUAGUGACAACGGGGAUGAUAAGGAUUAUAGUCCUUCUAAUGACAAUUCAAGCGAUUCGGAAGGAUCUGAUAAUUAUUCAUUAGAGGUUUGCAUAGACGAAGAACAGGAAUUAGAAGAUGAAAAUGAAGAUACAGAAAACGAAACUUUAGACGCAGAAGAGGCAUUGCUCGACCGCCAAACUAACAAGAACGAUGACGAUGAGUGGGAAGACAUAUUGGAGAGUCCCGUAAAUUUUGAUGAAUUUGUUGGGGAAAAUACUUACAAUAUACCGCCGUUUGUAAAAUCACCUGAAGAUGUAUAUAAGUUAUUUGUAACAGAUGAGAUGAUCAAUAAAAUGGCAUUGGAGACAAACAAUUAUGCACAAAACUAUUUACGAACAAACCAACAAAAUAUGAAACGUAAAUCACGUAUGAAAGAGUGGACUAAUACUAGUUUUCAGGAAAUGAAAACAUUUCUGGCAGUUGUGAUGGCAAUGGGUUUAUGUAAAGUACCUCAUAUAAAUUUGUAUUGGAGCAAGAACAAAUUAUACAGAAACGAAUUUAUACGUUCAGCAAUGACAAGAGACAGAUUUUUACUCCUAUUAAAAUGCUGGCAUGUCAGUGAUGUCUCAAAUGAUGAUAAAACUGACAAACUACAUAAAAUCAGAGAUAUGCUUUCGAUGAUCACUGACAAAUUUCAGAAUAUAUUAAACCCCGGAAAAUAUGUAGUAAUUGAUGAGACAAUGAUACCCUGGAGAGGGCGAUUAGGUUUCCGUCAGUAUAUAAAAAACAAAUCUCACCGAUAUGGCGUUAAGCUGUACAAACUUUGCACCCCCGAAGGUUAUACCUACCAAAUAGAGAUUUAUACAGGUAAAAAAGAUCAGAAGCGAGAAGUCGAUCACAGUCAGAAAGUAGUAUUAAAAUUGAUGAACAAUUUGACAGAAGAGGGAAGAAUCGUAAUAGUAGAUAAUUUCUAUACUUCGUUGAGUCUGGCAGAAAAUUUCCUAUCACAAAAAACUUUUCUAUGUGGAACUUUAAACAUAAGAAGAAAAUAUUUGCCAAAGAAAGUUAUUAAUGCGAAAAUAAAAAAGGGCCAGAUUAUUGGAAAAAUGAACAAAAAGGGCGUGAAAAUAUUGAACUGGGUAGAUAAAAGAAAAGUUUUAAUGUUGACUACGUGCAAAGAUCAUGACGAUAAACUAAUAGAUACUGGGAAAAAGAAGAGAGGCACUAACGAAAGUAUUAAAAAACCCGGAUGUGUUAUAAUGUACAAUGAAACAAAAAAGGGAAUUGACUACAGUGAUCAAAUGUCUUCGUAUUAUACAACAUUAAAGAAAGGAAUUAAAUGGUGGAGGAAAGUAAUAAUGGAGCUAAUAUUUGGUACAGCCCUUAUUAACGCCUGGAUUGUGUAUAAUUCAAUUAAUGAUGAUAGAAAUAAAAUGCCAAAGAGACUAUUUGUGGAACAAGUUAUUGAAGCUUUUACAAAGAAAGACUUGGACGUGGAUACAGAAGCCACUGCAAACAAUGCACAUCAUCUCGAAAAGGGAUCAAAGAAGAGGAGAUGUGUAGGAUGUUACGAUAAACUCCGCGCCUUCUUGACAAGUCGUGAGGCUGACAAAAAAGUGAAGAAAAUUCUCACAGAAUGCACUAGUUGCAAAAAAUAUUAUUGCUUGACGUGUUUUAAUGAAAAACAUCCAUAA